UCUGAGAACUUAUCCUGGACAGCCCCUAACAGGCUAUUACUUCUCUACAACUGAGAUAUGAUCAUCUUAGCUUACUUAUUUGUCCUGCUGUGGGAAGAGGCUCACGGAUGGGGAUUCAAGAAUGGAAUUUUUCAUAACUCCAUAUGGCUCGAACAAGCAGCAGGUGUGUACCACAGAGAAGCUCGGUCUGGCAAAUACAAGCUCACCUACGCAGAAGCCAAGGCAGUGUGCGAAUAUGAAGGCGGCCAACUCGCCACCUACAAGCAACUAGAGGCAGCCAGAAAAAUUGGAUUUCAUGUCUGUGCUGCUGGGUGGAUGGCCAAAGGCAGAGUUGGAUACCCCAUUGUGAAACCAGGGCCCAACUGUGGAUUUGGAAAAACUGGUAUUAUUGAUUAUGGAGUCCGUCUUAAUAGGAGUGAAAGAUGGGAUGCCUAUUGCUACAACCCGCAUGCAAAGGAGUGUGGUGGUGUCUUUACAGAUCCAAAGCAAAUUUUUAAAUCUCCAGGCUUCCCAAAUGAGUACGAAGAUAACCAGAUCUGUUACUGGCACAUUAGACUCAAGUAUGGUCAACGUAUUCACCUGAGCUUUUUGGACUUUGACCUUGAAGAUGACCCAGCUUGCUUGGCUGACUAUGUUGAAAUAUAUGACAGUUACGAUGAUGUCCAUGGUUUUGUGGGAAGAUACUGUGGGGAUGAGCUUCCAGAAGACAUCGUUAGUACAGGAAAUGUCAUGACCUUGAAGUUUCUAAGUGAUGCUUCAGUGACGGCAGGAGGUUUCCAAAUCAAGUAUGUUGCAGUGGAUCCUCUAUCCAAAUCCAGUCAAGGAAAAAACACGAGUACUACUUCUACUGGAAAUAAAAACUUCUUAGCUGGAAGAUUUAGCCAUUUAUAAAACAAACAAAAAAAGGACACUCAGUGUUUACAUUUGUAUCUUUUGGAACCCCUUAUUAAUAGCAUUUAUUUAUUUUCUAAAUGUGAAAGGCAAUACCUGAUACUCUGGGGAAAAUUGGAAAAUACAGAAAACUUUAAAUGAGAAAAUAAAAUCUCUCAUAAUCCCACUGCAUAAAAUAACAAGCAUUAACAUUUAUGUAUUUUUCUUUUAGUUGUUUUUCAAUUUGUGGUAUAUGUAUAUAUGUAUCUAUAUGUAUUUUGUAUUUGAAAUUUUGGAAUCCUGUUCCAUGUACAGUUUUAUAUCUUAGUUUUUUUUUAACUUCGAACUUUAUGGCUUAAGCAUUUUCCCGUAUCAUUGAGUAUUCUGCAAACACAUAAUUUUGAACAGCUGUAAAAUAUUCCAUGGUAUGAUUUGUUCCAUACUUUAUUUAUGCUUGUCUCUAUUGUGGGAAUUUUAAGUUGCUUUCAAAAAUAUUGCUGCAAUAAAUAUCCUUGCACAUACAUAUGUGUACAGCUCUCUAAUUAUUUGGGAUAGGGUCCUUGAAGUAGAAUUACUGACUCAGAUAUUAAUUAAAAUGGAAUUUUGUUAGGAUCCCUGGCUAGCUCAGUCAGUAGAGCAUGCAACUCUUGAUCUUGG